GACAGUCUUUCCAACAUGGCAGCGUCAAGCAACGCAGAGCAAACGCAGUUGCAAGAUAUGGAGGAGGAAGAUGCAGGGAUGGAGGAGAGAGAAAUUGAAUCGGACGAAGAGGAGGAGGUUGGUAUGCGAAUAGAAAAUUCAGAUGACGAAGAGGAUGAUUCGUCGGAAGAUGAGAAAGAAAAUGAAGCCGAAAUCCAGCGGUUGGAGGAGCAGCUGUCAAUCAAUGCUUUUGACUACAACUGCCAUGUGGAUCUCAUCAAACUACUCAAACAGGAAGGAGAGCUUUUCCGUCUGCGAAAGGCAAGACAAAAGAUGAGUGAACUUUUUCCACUCACUGAAGAGAUUUGGCUUGACUGGCUCAAGGAUGAGAUCCGCCUGACUGAGGAGGAGCCGAACCGGGAGAAAUUAUAUGAACUUUUUGAGAAAGCCGUAAAAGAUUAUAUUUGUCCAGAUAUCUGGCUUGAAUAUGCUCAGUAUUCAAUUGGUGGCAUGGGCUCACCAGGUGGCAUAGACAAGGUGAGAGCCAUCUUUGAGAGAGCCUUGACAGCGGUGGGGCUUCACAUGACCAAGGGACAGAUGGUGUGGGAGGCGUACAGAGAGUUUGAGAACGCCAUUUUGUCCACAGUCCAGCCUCCCCCUGGCAGGAUUCCCAGCCACGAGGAGAAGGAGCUGCUGAACACUCAGCUUGAGCGAAUCCAUACGCUGUUUCGCCGCCAGCUGGCCAUCCCCUUAAUGGACAUGGAAGCCACCUAUGCAGAGUAUGAGGAGUGGGCUGAACAUGGUGUUCCUGAGACGGUCGUACAUCAGUACAAAAAGGCUCUGCAGCAGAUGGAGAAGUGCAGAUCAUUUGAAGAGUCACUGCUGGUAGCAGAACCUCCCAAGCUGGCAGAGUAUCAGGCGUACAUCAACUUUGAGCUAAAGGAGGGUGACCCAGCGCGGAUCCAGAUAAUCUUUGAGCGGGCUCUGGCAGAGAACUGCCUGGUACCAGACAUGUGGGCAAAAUACACCACUUAUCUUGAUCGGCAGCUGAAGAUCAAAGAGCUGGUUCUCUCUACUCAUGAACGUGCUGUCAGGAACUGUCCCUGGACCAUGGGUUUGUGGAAGAGCUACCUGCUGGCUCUGGAGAGGCACGGAGCUGAUCACCAGACUGUCUCAGAUGUUUUUGAGAAGGCGCUGAAUGCUGGUUUCAUUCAAGCUACUGAUUAUGUGGAAAUUUGGCAGGCGUACCUCGACUACCUGAGGAGACGUGUGGAUUUCAGCAAAGAAUCGAGUAAAGAGUUAGAGGAGUUACGAGGAGCCUUCUCUCGAGCUCUAGACUACAUGAAACAAGAUGUUGAAGAAAGGUUUGGUGAAAGUGGAGAUCCAUCUUGUAUCAUUAUGCAGAUCUGGGCAAGGGUAGAGGCCCUCCACUGCAAGAACAUGCAAAAAGCCAGAGAACUGUGGGACAGUAUCAUGACUAAAGGGAACGCCAAAUACGCCAACAUGUGGUUGGAGUACUAUAACCUAGAAAGGUCUUAUGGAGACCCUGUUCACUGUCGGAAGGCUCUCCACAGAGCAGUUCAGUGCACCUCAGACUACCCUGAGCAUGUAUCUGAAGUCCUGCUCACCUUUGAGAGGGUGGAAGGUUCUCUGGAGGACUGGGAUGUAGCAGUGCAGAAGACUGAGACCCGGCUGAACAGGAUUAAUGAGCAGCGAGCAAAGAUGGCUGAGAAAGAAGCCAGCUUGGCUCGCCAAGAGGAGGAGAGAGCUGAGCAGAAGCGGAAGGCCAAGGCAGACAAGAAGGGUCAGAAGAAAGUCCAGAAGGGAACUCGAGCUGGGGGGAAGAGGAAAGCAGAGCAGGAUGAUUAUCGAGAUGAGUGGAAUGAGGACUCGGCCCCUAAAAGGCACAGAGGAAAUGGUGACCAAACCACAGAGUACAUGGAGACCGAGACGGGACUCUCUGGGAGGAACGCUCCCCCUGGUUAUAAGCCUGCCCCACCUGGUGCUAUCAAAGCGCAGCAGGGAGCAGUGGCAGCCGAUGACAAGCUAGAGCUUCGAAAUGAUAGCAACAGUGUGUUCAUCAGCAACCUGGCGUACACCCUGGAGGAACCAGAGGCCAAGCUCAGGACGCUGUUUGAGACAUGUGGUCCAAUCAAACAGAUUCGCCCAGUCUACACCAUCAAAGGGAACUUCAAAGGCUACGGCUAUGUACAGUUUGAAUCCCAAGCGUCAGUCCCUGAAGCCCUGAAGCUGGACAGGCAGGAGGUGGAGGGCAGGCCCAUGUUUGUGUCACCUAGUGUGGAUAAAAACAAAAAUCCCGAUUUUAAGGUGUUUAAAUACAACACAUCAAUGGAGAAACACAAAAUCUUCAUUUCUGGUCUGCCGUUCUCAUGUACUAAAGAGCAACUAGAAGAAAUCUGCAAAAGUCAUGGCACUAUCAAAGAUGUUCGUCUGGUCACAUAUCGCUCAGGAAAACCCAAGGGUCUGGCAUAUGUUGAGUUUGCAGAUGAAACCCAGGCGUCUCAGGCAGUUCUGAAAAUGGAUGGCAUGGACGUAGAGGGCAACAAAAUCUCUGUCGCUAUAAGUAACCCUCCUCGAAGAAACAUGGCAGAUAACCCUGGUACCAAUAGACCCACAACACACAUGAUGCCUCGUCAGGCCUACGGAUCGAGAGGAAGAGGACAUACCCAGCUGUCGUUACUUCCUCGUUCCCUGCACCGACAAAGCGUGCCUGCAGGCAAAGUGGAGAAUGGGACAGCAGCUGAGCGAGUGCCACCAACAGCCAGCGCCUCGGUGAGCACAGCUGGUGAGACGAAACCUUUGUCAAAUUCAGACUUUGCCAGGAUGCUUCUCAAUAAGUGAGAAGACGAGUGAGUGAAUUCUGACCGCCUUCACACUGAAAGCCAUCUUGUGUCCUUACAAAUUAGUGGUGAUUUUUCUGUAGUUGGUUACCUGACUUCCCUUUAAUCUCAGUAUUGUUCUCAUCAUCCGUUCUGCAAGAUUGCCUUAAUCACCAAGCUCCUGCCCUACAUCACAAACCCUUUUCAACCAAGACUUUCCACCAGUGUGACAGAUUGUUCUUGUUGGGUGUGUAUGGAGGUGGUGGGCUUUUUAUUUUUAUUUUUUUUAAGUGUAUCUUGUUUGUCUGUAAAUAUGCUGUAUCUAAAAUUGUAAACCUCAUGUUGCAAGGUGUCUUCGUUGUGUAAUGUGAAAGGGAUCUGACAGAAACAUAUUGGAGAGUAUGUUUUUUAAAUAUUCAAAGCAGCCAAACCUGUGAAUGUUGUUUAAAAGGGUAUAUGCAAAGGUCCGACAGUUCAGAUGUGGUGUGAUAUAGUUGGUGUGUGUACAUAUGUUGGAAGACAUUGUUUAGAUGUUUUUAGGAAACUAAGGAAUUGAGUUGUGUAACUUAUUUUGACCUUUGAGGACACAGCUAUCAAGCCUUUUCAGACUGUAUAAAUCAUUGUUUUUACAUAACGCACUAUCUUAGUUACCACUUGUGAGUCAACAGUAUUACAGUACCCCUAAAGGAUAGUUAAUUGGCUUUAUUUUGGCCCGAUGGUAUGUUAUAAUUUGAGGACUGCCCUGAUGUUAUGUC